AUGGCGAGCGCCCACCGCACGAGAAUUGCUGGCAGUCCAGAGUCGCUGGCCGCGUUGGUCCCCACGGGCGAUCCGAGAGAUAACAUUUACGUGCAACACAUUGGCUCGGUGGAUGAGUUGCUCAUCGUCAUCGAACGGCAGCUGGAGCGUCUCGUCCGUGAACGGAACGUGCGCCUUGUGGUCCUGGACUCGGUGGCGGCUCUCUUCCGCGGCGAGUACGAGUUCUCGCAGCUGUCCCAGCGCGCCAAGAGCCUUGGGCGCAUCGGCACCUGUCUCCAAGAGCUCUCUUGCCGUUUGCAUGUGCCGAUCGUGUGCAUCAACCAAGUGUCGGAUGAUUUCCGCCGUGACGGAUCGAGUGCUUCAUCAUCGUCAUCAUCAUCCUCAUCUUCCGGGUCUGCCACAUCCAACUCCAGUGACGAUUCUACAAUGCCAUUGCUCUGGGCUUCGAUGCAGUCGAUCGAUGGUUGGCAACAGCCGCCGAAAGACGCCGCGCUGGUCGCCUCUGCCAUCUUCCCGCCAGUCCGGCUGCCACGGGGCCAUCCUGCUGUGGCCUCUGCAUACGCUCACUUGUCUGGCGGCGGCGCUGGGGGAUCUGCCGUCAUCCCUGCGUUGGGAUUGGCGUGGUCCAACCUGAUCAACAUGCGCGUCUUGUUGCGGCGGCUGUCCUCGCGCAUGAAUCAUGCCACUCAGAUGGCCGAGUUGGCGCUCGGAGCUGCUGCAAAGCGAGGAGGGCACUAUGACGAAGAGGAGCACUCUGCGCUCCAGGCGGCGCUUUUGCAGGCAGAGCAGCGCGCAGCACCUGCCGCCUCCGUGGUCAUCCGAAGCUUGCAUAUAGUGCUCGCCCCACAUUUGCCCAACGUGCGAGCAAUGUAUGUGAUCGAUAACGAUGGAGUGAAGGGUGUGUGUAUUCAAUAAGCAGCUGCCACCUG